CUUGGGGUUCAUUAUCAGCCUUCAAAGAAUUCGGCUCAAGCCCUGAGCGGGGAAGAUGGAGGUUAUUAACUGCAACGCCUUACCGAUGCUCUGUUUGGAAGAAAACCCCGCCGUCCCUCCCUGGGUGCAAGCCAAGAAAAUGGAGGCUCUGAAGAAAAGCUCGCAGAAUCCGGCGUCAUGUAUCAUCGGCUCCAUGGAUAGAGUGAGCCAAAAGAUUGCUCACAUGAAACCGGCCAAGUAUAGUUGCAGCGGUCAGGAAAACAACCUGGCGAUUGAGAAGGUGGAAUUGGAAAAGAGGCAUUUAAGAGAGCACUUCCGUGGCAUCGAAGGAGACCGAGGCAAGGGAAAAAAGAAGUCAAGAGGGCCUGGUCAGAAGCAGGUGCUGAGCAGGAGGCCAAUCUUCUCAGACCUAUCAGCCCGGAGAAAGAUCUCUGCUAAGAGGAACAUAGAGGUGAAGAACCAGCUGGCCGAACUGUACCAGUACCCAGGAUACCAGAAACACAAGCCGACGGAACUGCCUAAUGAGGUGGCCUUGUUCGAUAUGGUGGCCAACGUAGUCCGGGCCCAAAGAAAUACAGCCUGUUCCAAGCCUUCCUUGUCCCCAAGGGAACUGCAGAAAUUCCUCACCUCUCCGGGCCCCAAAGCCAUUCUGCUGGAUACCUUCUGGUGGAUAUUUCUGGAAAGGUAUCAGCCAAAUAAAGAGCUCCAGGGCCAGCUGUUCGAUCGCAUUGCCAGAAAUUACACCUCCCUCCUACUUAACAUUCCCAGGACUCACUAUACAGAGGCCCUCUUGAAAAGGUUCCCGUUAUUCCUGAGCCAAGCCUUGUACACAAGCUUCUGUGCUUGUUUCCCACAGUCCUGGUUUGACACCCACGAAUUCAAGUCUCAUAUCUGUAACACAACGAUGGAGUGGAUUGGAGGCAUUUUUCCCUGUCGAAACAGUUAUGCUUGCUGGAACUACUCCGAACUGGACCCUGUGAGAUCGAGGAGAGAAAAAUUCAUGACAGGAAAAGGAAAACAGAAGAGGGGAUCCCUUCCAGAUUUCUCAUUCAAGAGCUCCACCAAUCAAAGCAACAUUUCCCAUUCCUCCACCCAGUCAAGCCAGUCUCAAAGCACGUUGCCAUCGGUCAGCAUCAACCCUGGGAACUGCAGUCAAAUGAAUCAAAGUUCAAACUUACUAACCAAUAGUUCAAGCCCAUCCAAAAUGAAGUCACUCAAAGAUUUCAAGCACCUGUGUUCAUUUAAGCCUCCCGUGUCAGUGCUGGAGUCGCAGUUAAGCAAAGUGACUCUGAAAUCGACUGCUAAACCGACCAAAGGAAUACCAGAAACGAAGGUGAAGGAGAGAACUGCUUCCAAAGAGUCCCACCCUGCCUGCAAGGGCCCUGAGUUCGGUCGGAGUCUUUUUAACCUCUAUGGAAACAGCCCGCUGGUUCAACACUUCCUCCAGACCCAUCAGGCUGAACCGAAGGUUGGCUGGAAUAUCCUGGUGGGCCGGACGGAAAUCACCAAGACCAUACCCGAGUCCUCCCCAACUUAUGCAGAUGUGAUUCGUCAGGCUUUGCGGAACCUAAAACAGCUAGACCAGGAUGUUAAAGCUGCAUAUCAGGAUCACUGGAGAGAAAUGAGAGCUUUUGAGAUAAGCCAGCAGAAACGAAAGCAGGAAUUCCUCAGGAAGGAGAAGCAAAUCCAGUGGAAGGAAAGAGAAGCAAAAAAGCUGAAUCAGUUUCUACCCCCACCUCCAGAUGCCUCUGAAGAAAAUCAUGCCGAAUCCCCUUGCAGCUGAGAGAAGGCAGGAGUCCAGAAAUGUCUCCGUUCAGCUUUUGAUGGAAAACAAAAAGCCAAGUAGUGAAAAGACCUCAGUUUGGAAUGAGACCUCCCUGGUUCCUGUGCCACCCGUUCAACCUGUGUUCCACUUAAAUAGAGAAUCAUGUAAUGUCCGUCAUCUUGGACCUAAUUUCAGCAAAUCACUCAUCUUCAACCGUCUGCCAAUUCACUGAUUAACGGUGUUAACGCCACUAUCAUGUUCUAUGGGUACUUUUCCUUAUUGUCCUAGUUCUUACUUUACUUAUUUCCUCCUUGUUUCUCUGCCUUCUGAAGAAUGAAUACGAAUCUUUUGAAAUCA